UGUUUUUGUUUUAAACACUGGCCUUUGGUUUUCAAAGGGUUUGGGCUUAGCGCGUUGCGCACAGUUAACCCUCCAAAUUUUCGUGCUCAGUUCCAGCUGUCUGGAAGCAACGAAGAAUGUUAUUGGCAGUACUUAUGAUAGGAUUGGUCACAUUAUAUGACCCUGUGUACGGGACUACUUGUCAAAGUAACACUACCUGCGUAGCUACAAAGUACACUGUCGCAGAAUGUAGUGCCACACAGACCUGCACUUGUGUAUCUGGUUUUUUUCCAAUCCGUACCGGAUGCGGAAAGAAAUUUCCGCGACCAGAUUUGUUUCUGUGGAAUGAUUACUAUAGCAAGGAAGUGCUUGAGGGGAAAAGUGCAAUACUGACCUGUGACACUUUUGCUCAAUUCGUCGAUUGGUAUUAUGAUAAUGGUGUUUUCAUCACCACAGGCAUCAACUACACGAUUACAUCGGCGUCCGCUGCCAAUGUGGGAAAAAUUAAGUGCAAAGCAAAGCUUGGCUCUACAAGCAGUGAUUUAGACUCGGAUUUCAGUGCACCUUUGGAAAUAAAACUUAUACCCAAAGGAGGAACAAUAACUGUGACGCCUGUGUUUCAAGCCUUACCAACCAGCUUGUUUGCUGGUAAAAAAGCUACUUUGACCUGCUCCAACAUACCUAUGGGCUACGAUACAGCUAAGAUCAAAUAUAUGUUAUCUAAUGGAACUGAAGUAACAUCUCCUUUGACAAUGACUAGUGACCUAGCAAAGGAAAAUGUUAAAUGCAUUUUAACUGACACUUCAGCGCACUCUGGAAAUAAAGAAAGUAGCCUUGACACGUUGCCGUUAAUGACCACCACCAUUAUCUACGUGUUUGUAUAUGGUAAUGUUGGUGAAGGAUUUAUUUACUCAGCGGAUGAAGCUAUCAUGUUGACUUGUCAGACUACCCCUGAUCCUUUGUUUUUGGACACAGAAUCUACAUCAAUUACUUACCAAUGGCUGAAUAAUGGCACGGUGGUCCAGAACUCUGCGUCAGCUACGUACAGUGUACCACAGACUGAAGGAAUCUAUUUGAUUGCUUGUAGUGCCACUUACAACGGAUCUACAUUCGAAUCCACCUCUAAGAUGAAGAUAAACAGAAGUGCUUCUGUAGUCAAACCCACUAUCAUAGCGAACCCUGUAACUCCAGAGUUUGGAAGUCGUCUGACCCUAGCCUGUGGCACCAAUUAUACAGACGGAUAUUACAGCUGGAAGAUAGGUACAGAAUACAUUGCCCAACAGUUUGACCACACCAUACAGCUGGACAGUCUGACAACCAGUGAUGCAGGAAAUUACGUGUGCAACGUCACCAGAAAUAUGGUCACCAUGACCUCUGACGUCUUCACCAUCUCUAUCCCAAGUAAAUAGUUUACAUUUAUCUAUUGACAUAGGAC